AUGAAUUCAUUUUUUGUUAAGUCAAAUGAAUUAAUGAUUCUGGUGAUUUCGAAUAUUUCUGACGCGAAAUCACUGAUUCUCCAAGUUUCAUUAUGUCAAAAGAGAAAAAGACAACAAUUGUAG